GGCCUGCCUUUCCAUAUCACUCCUCUACUCCCCCUUCCCAUCCUCUUCUCCUCUCCUUGUGUUUGUCUCUCCUGCUUGCUUCCUCCUCCGCGUCUCGCCAUGGCCGGCGCCGGCGCCGCCGCCACCGUCUGCUCCAUGUGCGGCGACGUAGGCUUCCCCGAGAAGCUCUUCCGGUGCGCGCGCUGCCGCCACCGCUUCCAGCACUCAUACUGCACCAGCUACUACGGCGACGGCGCGCCGGCCUCGGCCGGCUCCGGCACGUGCGACUGGUGCCUCAGCGACGUGGCCGCCGGGAAGGCGAGGUGGUCGUCGCCGUCGCCGUCGUCCGCGGCCGGGAAGCAGCACGCCGCGGGCAGCAGCCAGGAGUCGUCGUCCACCACGAGCUCCGGCGGCGGCGGCGACCACCAGCACCAGCAGGCCGAGGCCGGGCGGCGGGCGACGACGACGACCAGGGUGGCCGGCCGCAGGUACAAGCUGCUCAAGGACGUCCUGUGUUAGUUGGCUAGCUGGCUGUAGCUAGCUAGGUCAUGGGCCUGACGACCUUGGUGAUGAAGUCUCUACCGCAUCGUGAAGAUUCUAGCUAAUACUAGAUCGCGACGGACCCGGCAGGCAGUAUUAAGUACGACUAGCGAGUAUAGUUAUAUGACCUAGUAACCGAUCGAGUUAGCUGGCCUGAUGUGUGUGUGUGUGUGUGUGUGUGUGUGUGUGUGUGUGUGUGUGUGUGUGUGUGUGUGUGUGUGUGUGUGUGUGUGUGUGUGUGUGUGUGUGUGUACUAUGUGCUUUUGUAUAUGUAUGUUUGCUUGGAUUAGGAAUGGUUGUUAGCCUGAUUCUUAUCUAUGUUCAGUACUAUAUAUAUGCAUGGAAAUGUUGGCUUGGUUUGCUCGUUAUAAA